AUGGCUGCCAACCCCACAAACUCUUCUCAAAACACAUCCCAAUUCAUCAAAUUAUCUGAAACCAAUUAUCUUAAAUGGACUCGUCAAAUUCGUUCAUACCUCAAUGGUGCAGGCCUUUGGGGCUAUGUUGACGGCUCCAUCCCUGCGCCCUCCCUCACCACCGAGACCACUGCAACUGAAACUGUUCCAGCCAAGACCAUUCCCAAUCCCGAGUAUGUCAAAUGGUUCACCAAAGAUCAACAGAUCUUCAAUAUCAUGAUUACCUCGUUGACCGACAACGUUUCUGAUCUUACUGUUGGUUAUGACACCUCUAAAGAGGUUUGGGACUGCUUGGCUCGCCAUUUUUCCCAGAAAUCCAAUGCUAGCGCCUCCAGUCUCAAAUUGCAACUCCUUGAGCUCUAA